AUGAUAUCACUACAUUUGUCCUCGCACUCACUAAUGCAUGUGCUACUUUCAUUCCUGCUGUUAUGUUCUGGAGUUGUUAUGGGAUAUUAUGCAGAUGUGGAUUAUGAAGUGCCAUCACGUGUUGUGCAGCUCACUGAUGCGACAUUUGACACAAUUGUGAUGGAUCCCACAAAAGAUGUAUUUGUUUUGUAUUGCGUGACGUGGUCCCGUCAUUGCCGCUCUGCUGUAAAAUUAUGGGCGGAUCUUUCCAUAAGUCAAUUUAAACGACCCACCGCUGAUACAUUUGUGGCUGCAUUAAUUGACGCGGAGGCAUUUCCCGAAACGGCGAAGCGUAUGGGCGUAAAAAGUUACCCAACAAUGUUAUUUUAUACCCGUUUAGAAAAGGCAACACCACUGGAGUAUAAUGGACAGGGCCUCCUUCCAUUACUGGACAGUUUUGUCUUUCAAAACUCAUAA